CACAAUGACGCCGAACAAGAAACCCGGAAACAUCCGCAGCAGCAGCAAAUAGCUCUUCUUCUCCUUUGAGCCGCUGCUUCCAGCGUGGUAUCCAGACGUCGACUCCCGUGUUUCUCAGCGAGCAUCAAGAAGCUGACCUCUGCUGGAAGGACUGUCCACCCAGGGGCCACCUCCCAGGCCAGGCUUCCCUGCUCCUGCAUAACUCCACUGCUGGUAUCAUAACAUGGGGAACCUACUGAAAGUUCUGACAUGCACAGAUCUGGAACAGGAGCCCAAUUUCUUCCUCGAUUUUGAAAAUGCGCAGCCCACAGAAGCAGAGCGAGAGGUGUGGGACCAGGUGGAUGUGGUGCUAAAGGACGCCAAAGGGAUCUUGGAUGAACUGCAAGCCUAUAAAGGAGCAGGGCAGGAAAUCAGAGAGGCGAUCCAGAAUCCAAGCGAUGAUGCCUUGCAGGAACAGGCGUGGGCAGCUGUGGUUCCUUUGGUGGGAAAACUGAAGAAGUUCUUCGAGUUCUCGCAGAGAUUAGAAGCGGCGUUGCACAGCCUGCUGGGUGCUCUGACCAACGAGACGUACAGCGACCCGACCCAGCACCUGGAGCGGGAACAGGCGCUGGCGAAGCAGUUCGCCGAGAUCCUGCACUUCACCCUGCGCUUUGACGAGCUGAAGAUGACAAAUCCUGCCAUUCAGAACGACUUCAGCUACUACAGGAGAACCCUGAGCCGAAUGCGGAUCAAUAACGUUCCGGCAGAGGGCGAGAACGAAGUCAACAACGAACUGGCCAAUCGGAUAUCUCUGUUCUACGCUGACGCCACACCCAUGCUGAAGGCGUUAAGUGACGGCACAACAAAGUUUGUAUCAGAGAACAAGAACCUGCCCAUCGAGAACACGACAGACUGCUUGAGCACGAUGGCGAGUGUGUGUAAAGUCAUGUUGGAAACGCCGGAGUACCGCAGCCGUUUCAACAGCGAGGACACGGUGUCCUUCUGUCUCAGGGUGAUGGUCGGAGUCAUCAUCUUGUACGACUACGUCCAUCCUGUUGGAGCCUUUGCCAAGUCAUCUAAAAUCGAUAUGAAAGGCUGCAUCAAAGUCCUCAAAGAUCAGCCUCCAAAUAGUGUAGAAGGCCUUCUCAACGCUCUCAGGUACACCACAAAGCAUCUGAAUGACGAAUCAACCAACAAGACUAUCAAGAGCAUGCUGCAGUAGGAACUGAGCUGCAACCACUGCUGGGGAGAAGCACCACUCACUGUCCUGAGGGAUUUAGCUGCACAGAAUGUUUUUGUUUUGUUUUUUGUCAUUUAUUUUUUUUUUGUUGUUCUUGGAAAAUGAGCUCCGCUCCGCCCACUUUUAUGAUGCAAAAUGCUACUGCCAUUACGACGUCUCUUUCUGUGCCAAACAGAUGACGCCGAGAUGCGAUGUUUUCGACACAAGGCCACGCAAACAUGGCGGCUCGUGAACGCAUUGCAGACCCUCUGGUGUUUUUAAACAUUUCUUGUUUUUCCCUGUAUAAGGGAUGGGAGUGCUUUGACUUGAAAAUUUCAGAGAGAUAUAUAGAGAAGUAUAUAUUAUUUUGUUUGAUUGGUUAUUUAAUUACAACGUCUGCAUGAUGAAAAUGUCUUUUCUUCUAUUUAAAAAAAUCUAAUAGUUCAAUUUUGCUCUGUUGUGCUUUAUCAGUUAUGUUUUUGAAAUGGUACUUGUGAACAUGAGAUUUAAGAGUACUGUUUUUAUAUUUUUAUAAGUUUUAAUUUGUGCAUAUGUCUUUUUGUUCAUUGUUCUGUUGAAAACUUUAAACUGUGAGGGGUGCAGAAUCAAAAUGAAAUCCGGGAUCUGUACUAUAAAUGUACAAUAUGAUGUGGCUGGAGACAUUAAAGGUAGAACUCUUGUUUUCUACAAAAAAAGAAGUCCCAUCAGUUUUUAUUGCCAAAUAUGUGAGAAAAUGUUUUAUUACACGUAUUUCUUUUAGCUGGUUUUUAGUCUUCAUGUGAAAAGUGUCAAAGAUUCUCACGUUUGACCACAAAAUGUCUGCGCGAAAAACAUUCAGAUCUGUUCCCCUGAGCAUGAGCGGUUGUUUUUCUCAGAAAUGAGCUCGACUUUUACUGAAAGGGUCUUUUGCAAAUAAUCUGCACUGGUUAGCUUAGCAUAAAGGUUUUAUAAUGAGAAACAUCUCAGUAUAAUGCAGCAAAAAAUUUUUUUCUGUUUUUGCCCUUUUUGACGCUCAAACAAACUUUAAUAUCAGACAAAAGUGAUCUGAGUAAAUCCAAACUGUUUUAAAAAGCUGAAGAAAGCCAUCAGGCUUACCAGAUCCUAAUUGUUAAAUCAUAAAUUAACUUGGAAUAGGUCCAUUUUUGACAGCUUUACUGUAGAAUCAAAAAACUUUCUAAAGAGAACCUGUCUGGCAACAUGAAGUAGGCUAAAAUGUCUUCAUUCUGGAAAACAUAUGUAGCAGCAUAAAUGGUACGCUGCCACUUUAAGGCCAAUUUCAGCUGCUGCAUAUAAGCAGGUCCUUACCUGCCACAAGACUACUUGCGUCAUGACGUCAUCUUAUUCUGCUUCCUUUGUUUGCUGAACUGUGCUGGGUAAGCGUGGCUGUUUCUUUGUUUGUCAGCUUUUAUCGUAGCAAUUAAUGCAAGUUGGUCUGAUCUGUUUAACCUCCCUUGCUGCUCCUCCAACACCUGGACCAAUUUGGACCAGCUACCGUAAGUUAUAGUUUUUAUCAGCAGUUGUAUUAAUAAUCUACUCUAUUUUUAGCCUCCUGCUGAGUCCCUGACGACUAUUACAUUUGGAUGUACACUCGCUGCUGUUUUGACUACGAUGACAUGUUUUAAAAGAUUUGUAUGAACUUUCCCCCGCUGCCGGGAGCAUUGAUGGCACUACGACCGGGAU